GGCACCAAUCCACAUUUCUCUCGCUCUCCAAUACAAACCCCAUUCUUCACCUUUCCUUUUAGUUUCAAAUCUUAAGUAUUUGUUUUUUCAUAAACAAAUUAUGGAAUCAAGAAAGUGACAAAAAAAUCACACUUGCAAGAUAUGGAGCAGAAGCAUCUACUUAUAUCAGCAUUAAGCGUAGGGGUGGGGGUAGGGCUUGGCUUGGCCUCAGGACCAGCUGUUAGUAAAUUGACCGGAGCUAAUGCGCCGCUCCCUGGAGCUACCGCUGAUCAGAUUGAGCACGAGCUUUCUCGGUUAGUUCAAGAUGGCAAAGAAAGCAAUGUCACCUUUGAGGACUUUCCUUAUUAUCUCAGUGAGCGGACACGAAUGUUGCUAACAAGUGCAGCGUAUGUUCAUCUCAAACACCUGGAUGUUUCUAGGCACACCAGAAAUCUCUCCCCUGCAAGCAGGGCCAUAUUGCUGACAGGGACUGCUGAACUUUACCAGCAAAUGCUUGCAAAAGCCCUGUCACAUUAUUUUGAAGCGAAGUUGCUGUUGUUAGAUGUGCCCGACUUCUCUAUGAAGAUGCAAAGCAAGUAUGGUACUUCUAGGAAAGAAGGUCCUUUAAAAAGAUCCAUCUCAGAUAUGGCUUUGGAACAGAUGUCCGGCUUGUUUGGUUCCUGGUCAAAAACACCACAGAGGGAAGGAACACUGAGUAGGCAAAGCAGUAACCUGGAAGCUAAACUGCGGAGUAUGGAAGGUGGCAGUCAAGCUCCUCCAAGACAUCGUAGGAAUGCCUCUGGAUCUUCGGAUCUGAGUAGCUUUAGUACCCAGUCUUCUGUAAAUCCAGGUGCUUCAAAGCGCAUCAGCACCUUGUCCUUUGACGAAAAAGUUUUCUUGCAGUCUCUUUACAAGGUUUUAAUAUCUGUCUCUCAAAAUAGAGCUGUGAUACUGUAUAUCAGGGAUGUCGAGAAGCUUCUUCUCCAAACUCCGAGGCUAUACAACUUGUUUGAUACAAUGUUGAAGAAGUUAUCUGGACCAGUCUUACUACUUGGUUCUAAGAUGCUGGAAUCAGAUGAUGAUUGCAGUGAAGUUGAUGAACGACUCACUUAUUUGUUCCCUUACACCAUUGAUAUAAAGCCACCUGAAGAUGAGAAUCGCCUAGUAAGCUGGAAAACACAAUUAGAAGAAGACAUGAAAACAGUUCAGUCUCAAGAUAACAAAAAUCAUAUUGCAGAGGUUCUUGCCGCAAAUGAUCUUGAAUGUGAUGACCUAAAUACAAUCUGCCAUGCAGAUGCAAUGGUUCUCAGUAACUACAUUGAAGAAAUUGUGGUGUCAGCAAUAUCUUACCAUUUAAUGAGUAAUAAAGAACCAGACUACCGAAAUGGAAGGCUCCUUAUAUCGUCGCAGAGUUUGUCGCACGGAUUGAGUUUCUUCCAGGAGGGAAAAAUCAGUGCCAAAGAUAAUGUCAAGUUGGAGACAAAGUCUGAAGCUAAUAAGAGACUUUUAGUGGAAGAAAUUCUAGGGUCUAUGCCUCCUGAAUCAAAGCCUGAGAUUCCAACAAUCGAAAGUAAAACUGAGGUAGACAAAUCAAAUCCUGCAGCAAAGAAAGAGAGUGAAAAUCCUGCUCCACCAAAGAUGGAAGUUCCUGACAAUGAAUUUGAAAAGCGUAUAAGGCCAGAGGUGAUUCCAGCAAAUGAAAUUGGGGUCACAUUUGAUGAUGUUGGUUCGUUGGAUGAAACUAAAGAAUCGUUGCAGGAGUUGGUUAUGCUUCCUCUUAGAAGACCAGACCUAUUCAAUGGUGGGCUCCUCAAGCCUUGUCGAGGCAUUCUACUCUUCGGACCUCCUGGUACUGGAAAAACUAUGAUGGCAAAAGCCAUUGCCAGGGAAGCUGGAGCAAGUUUUAUCAAUGUUUCAAUGUCAACCAUCACCUCAAAAUGGUUUGGGGAAGAUGAAAAGAAUGUCAGAGCUCUGUUUACACUAGCAGCAAAAGUCUCACCUACUAUUAUAUUUGUGGAUGAAGUUGAUAGCAUGCUAGGGCAGCGAACAAGAGUUGGUGAGCAUGAGGCUAUGCGGAAAAUUAAAAAUGAAUUCAUGACACACUGGGAUGGGCUCCUGUCCAAAUCUGGCGAGCGCAUUCUUGUUCUUGCUGCUACAAACAGGCCAUUUGACCUUGAUGAAGCAAUUAUUAGGCGGUUUGAGCGAAGAAUCAUGGUUGGUCUGCCAUCUGCAGAGAGCAGAGAAAAGAUACUGAGAACACUUUUGUCGAAAGAAAAGGUGGAUGAACUUGACUUUAAGGAGCUUGCAACUAUGACAGAAGGAUACAGUGGAAGUGAUCUUAAGAAUUUUUGUUCAACAGCCGCUUAUAGACCCGUGAGGGAGCUGAUAAAGCAAGAGAGGGAGAAGGAUAUGGAAAGGAAGCGGAGAGCAGAAGGAAAGAAUUCGGAGCAUGAUGCUUCAGAGAAAAAGGAAGAAACUGAAAGAGUAAUCACUCUGAGGCCUUUGAACAUGGAAGACAUGAAACAAGCAAAGAAACAGGUUGCUGCCAGUUAUUCUUCCGGGGGAGCAUCAAUGGGUGAGCUGGAGCAGUGGAAUAAUUUGUACGGAGAGGGAGGUUCGAGGAAGACGGAACAACUAAGUUACUUCCUUUAAAGUGUUAACAGUGUCAUGAAUGCAGAAAAUCUGAAUGCUCUGCAGGGAAUUUGAGCUCUUGUGGAAGCUCCACUGUGCAGGUGCUACUGACAUGCAUGUCAUAAAAAAAAUUAUAGGGUAUAUGUAUGAGGUGCUAGAAAGAUGUAAAAAGAUUUAAUAUCAAAGUAGUGUACAAAUUAUAUGCCAAUUAAUAUCAAAGUAGUGUACAAAUUAUAUGCCAAUGUUUUGUGUAGAACCAUCCGAUG